AUGAAUAAUAAAAGAUCAAAUGAUGUUAGUAUCAUUCCUAAAUCAGAUAUUCGUCAAUUGAUUAGAGUUACAAAGCCACAAGCUCAACGGACUAUUGAUCAUCCUCAUGUGAGAUAUAAUCAACUCGGUCGGAUAUCAUGCAUUUUAUGUGGUGUGCAAAUCAAAUCAGAAUUUGCUUGGACUGCACAUAUACUCAGCAAGUCGCAUAAACAAAACGAACUACGUGGGAUCCAAUUGCCCAUUAAACGUCCUACUACAGGAGCCAAAGCAAUUGACGAGGUAACCUGUAAAUCGGCGAAAGUUGAAAACGAAGUUAAGUCAGACGAGAAAGAUUCGGAUGCUAACCAACACAACAACUUACCAACGUUAAUUCCCAGUGAAAAAAUAUGUGAAAAAAAUCCUGCAGAGAAAAAAGUAGAAUCGCAAUCUCAACUUCCAGAGGGUUUUUUUGAUGACCGAUAUAAGGAUGCAAAAGUUCGAUGUGUUCCAUAUAAGGAUAAAAUGGCAGAAGAGUUGGAACUUUUUCAAAAAGAAAUGAUUGCUCUGGAAAAGCACUCAGAAGAAAUCAUGGAAAAAGAAAGUGAAGCAUCAGUAUCUGAACGAAAUUUGGCUGAAAUAAAUGAACAAAUAAUGAAAUGGGAAAAAAUCAAACAAUUAGAAAAUGAAAAAGAUUUAUACGAAAUGCGAUUAAAGAAAAAACUAACAGACAGUAUAAAUCAAUUUAAAAAACUCGAAAACCAUAUAGACAUCAAGAUAAAAAAGGAACAAUGCUACACAGAAGACGAUGGUGACGGUGAUUAUAAUAAUAAUAAUCAUGGUGGUGAUGAUGAUGAUGAUAAUGAUGAUGAUGAUGAUGAAGAAGACAAUAUCUCCGAUGAAUUAAAUAAUUUCCGAACAAAAAAUACAAUUUAA